AUGCAUGGACUCCUGGGCAGUGCAGAUGAUUGGAUUUCACCUGGCUCUGGCUUCGGACUUGGUUUUCUUUUAGCUGACAAAAGCUAUGAUGUUUGGAUGGGAAAUGCUCGAGGAAUUAAUAUAUAUUCGAAUCGAAAUACGGGCAUGGAAACAUCAGAGAAGAAGUUUUGGGACUUUAGUUGGCAUGAGAUUGGUGUCUUUGUUGUACCGGCUAUGAUCGAUCAUGUACUUUAUAUAACUAACAAUAAAAAGUUAAUUUACAUUGGAUAUUCGCAAGGAAAUACCGCUUUCUUAGUGAUGUGUUCAAUGCGUCCUGAAUAUAAUGAAAAAAUAAGUCUUAUGAUUUCUCUAUCGGCGUUAUUACAAAGAGCAUUUUGUGGUGAUACUGUUUCAGCUUUUAUUGUAUGUCAGCACAUUGUAUUUCUUCUAGGCGGCGUUAAUUAUUCCCAAAUAAACAUGAAACGUUUCCCGGUUAUUUGUAAUCAUUUUCCAUCUGGAUCAUCUGUUAAGCAAAUAGUGCAUUAUGGCCAAUUAAUUGUGUCCGGACACUUCCGAAAUUUCGAUUACGGAUCAUUAAACCUUUUAAAAUAUGGUUUCCCAGAACCUCCAAUAUAUCCAGUUGAAAAAAUUACUGCUCCUGUAGCCAUAUUUUUCAGUAAAGGUGAUUGGCUUGCAAAUAAAAAAGAUGUUCAAAAAUUACAAUCAAAACUUCCUAAUCAAAUCCUAUUUUAUAAGAAUAAACACUUCAAUCAUUUUGACUUUCUUUGGUUGCUCAUGAAUGAUGAAUAA